AGCAGCAGUGAUUGCCAGUUGCUGUUGUGAAUCACCACUAUAAAUUCCCAUGCAAACACCCCAAGACUCUCAAUCCCAACUUCUUUCUUUCUAUCUAUUUCCUUCAAUUCAACAAAAUGCAGCCUCAUUCCUCCGCUAAAGAUAGCAAACAACCACCAACCUCUGCUCCGCCACCUCUUAUGGUGGCCGGACAUGCAGAACAACCCAAUUCCACCCCUUUGAAAAAAAUUGUAAUGGUGGCUUCUAUAGCCGCCGGAGUUCAAUUUGGCUGGGCUUUACAGCUUUCUCUUUUAACUCCUUAUGUUCAACUUCUCGGUAUACCUCAUACAUGGGCCGCUUUCAUUUGGCUCUGCGGACCUGUUUCCGGUAUGUUAGUCCAGCCGAUUGUUGGUUACCAUAGCGAUCGUUGCACCUCUCGGUUCGGCCGUCGCCGCCCUUUUAUUGCUGCCGGUGCCGCUUUUGUUGCUGUAGCUGUUUUUCUUAUCGGCUACGCUGCUGAUUUGGGCCAUCUUUCCGGCGAUUCUCUUGAUAAAUCGCCGAAAACUCGGGCAAUUGCUGUCUUUGUUGUCGGAUUUUGGAUUCUUGAUGUUGCUAAUAAUAUGCUUCAAGGUCCUUGUCGUGCACUUCUUGCUGAUCUUUCUGGUGUCAACCAGAAAAAAACGAGAACAGCUAAUUCUUUAUUCUCUUUCUUUAUGGCCGUCGGAAACGUUCUUGGAUUCGCCGCUGGGUCGUACACUCACUUAUACAAGAUGUUUCCGUUCACAAAAACUAUAGCGUGUGAUGUUUACUGUGCUAAUCUCAAAUCUUGUUUUUUCAUUUCAAUCGUCUUGCUUUUAACGCUUACGACCCUAGCCCUUGUUUACGUAAAAGAAAAGCCCUGGUCGCCGGACCAGGAUGUUGAGGCCAUCGACGAUGACGCAGCUUCAAUCGCGUCAACGGCGCAACCCAUGCCAUUCUUCGGAGAAAUUUUCGCUGCUUUAAAGAAUCUUCAAAGACCAAUGUGGAUUCUUCUUCUGGUAACAUGCUUGAACUGGAUUGCAUGGUUUCCAUUUCUGUUAUUCGACACUGACUGGAUGGGGAGGGAGGUCUACGGCGGAGAUUCAAGCGGCUCCGCCGCAUUAUUGAAACUCUAUGACAGAGGAGUCCGCGCUGGAGCACUUGGGUUGAUGCUUAACUCGGUGGUUUUGGGAUUCACUUCUCUUAGUGUAGAAAUGUUAGCGCGUGGUGUUGGUGGCGUUAAGAGAUUGUGGGGUAUAGUGAAUUUUAUCCUUGCACUGUGUCUGGCCUUGACAGUGCUGAUUACCAAAUUAGCAGAGAGCAACCGGAGGUUUGCCACCGUGAGCGGUGGAUCUAAAGUACCGUUGCCACCACCAAGCGGCGUUAAGGCCGGUGCACUGGCCCUUUUUGCGGUCAUGGGUGUUCCUCAAGCUAUUACUUAUAGCAUUCCAUUUGCUUUGGCAUCAAUAUUUUCAAACACAUCUGGUGCUGGUCAAGGCCUUUCUUUGGGAGUUCUUAAUCUUUCAAUAGUCAUACCACAGAUGUUGGUGUCCGUUGUAAGUGGACCAUGGGAUGCAUUAUUUGGAGGAGGUAAUUUGCCAGCAUUUGUGGUUGGGGCAGUGGCCGCGGCGGUUAGCGGAAUAUUAGCGUUUACCCUCCUCCCGUCGCCACCGCCGGAUGUUCCGUCCUCCAAGAGGACUACAAUAGCUUCUUUCCAUUGAUGAACAACUCCAUUCCAUGUGACAAUGUUAUUUUUUCUUUUUUUUGGGACCUAAACUACUGUAAUGAGCCCUUUUAUAGAGCUCUCUCUCUGCCUUUUUUUUUUAAAGAUGUGUAACAAUAGAGUCAUCAAUGGCCAAAAAUGGUGAAUUUGAUGAUGGGUGAAUAUCAAUGGCUGUACACAUGUUUGUGUUUAAUAUGCAUAAUGUAAUAUACAGUCAAGUUAAGCUUC